CAAAGCUCACAGACUCGCUCGGCGCCUCAAACCGCCAUUUUGGAGUCAGAGAACCGAGAGUCGGCAGCAGCGCUGGGAGAGCCUCAAAGGGGGACACGGGGCUGAGGCUCUUUUACCUUUGUCUGAUAAUUAAUCUUGGAAUCAAGAACAAUGCCAUCUUUUACUGAGGGGUGAACAUUUCUGCCGUGCUGGGCAGAGGAGUGUGGGCUGCAUGGCGUCAGGGCGGGGUGGCAGACUGGAGGUUGGAGCAUCGGGGGUCUCUGGCCUGGCCAAACCUCUCUACCUACAGCGCUUAGAAAGAUCCCUGAAGUUGGACAGUUUUCUGCACCAAACUGCUGCUAUCUUUAACAGAGACAUUACAAGUGAUGAUAGUGAUGACAGUGAUGGUGCAUUGGGACCAGGGCUUUUCCUGGACCCUUCCACUCAACAUGGGAAUCUGACCGUGAAGAGUGAGCCAUGUGAGCAAGAGGAUGGGUUACCAGAUGGUAAGCCCCUUAAUGGAGUACUUCUGCAAGGAAAGGCAGACCAAAAAGCAGAUAAAACAAGCCUCUAUAAUUUUUCCAAGCUGAAGAAGAACAGGAAAUGGCUGAAGAACAUCCUACUGAGUGACGACACCACAGAUUCGGACACAGACUCCGAUGAUGGCAGCUUCACUUUGUCUCGGGAGGAGAUGCACGACAUGCUGAGGCUACAUCGUUACACCAGGCAGCAUCAGAGCAAGUUCUGCUCUGACCGAGAGCUUUAUCAGUAUCAGUACUAUAGCACUGGUCUCUUAUCUACUCAUGACCCUUUCUAUGAGCAACAGCGUCACCUUUUGGGCCCAAAGAAAAAGAAAAUUAAAGAUGAGAAGAAACUUAAGGCCAAAUUGAAAAAAGUGAAAAAGAAAAAGAAACGGGGUGAAGGAGAAUACCUGGAUGAGGAUCGUCCUUAUAUUAAUAAGAUCUUUGCUAAGUUUUCCCACGAUGCUCCGCUGCCCAUGGUGAAGAAAAAGCAUCUCACUAUCGAACAGUUGAAUGCACGGCGACGAAAAGUGUGGCUUACCAUAGCCAAAAAGGAGAUCCCAAAGUCUUUCAAGCAGAAGACAUCUGCUAAGAACCUCGUAUUGACCAACGCUAAAAAGUUGGCUCAUCAGUGCAUGCGAGAGGUGCGGCGUGCAGCUAUCCAAGCUCAGAAGAACUGCAAAGAAACGCUGCCCCGUGCCCGACGCCUUACCAAAGAGAUGAUGCUCUACUGGAAAAAAUAUGACAAAGUGGAAAAAGAGCACAGAAAGAGGGCGGAGAAGGAAGCUCUGGAGCAGCGGAAACUAGAUGAAGAGAUGAGAGAGGCCAAGCGACAGCAGCGUAAACUGAACUUCCUCAUCACCCAGACGGAGCUGUAUGCUCAUUUUAUGAGUGGCAAAGCCAGCAUGGGGGGUCCAGGAGGAGAUACAGCUCAGGAGGAAAUUUUGAGAAAGCUCGAAGACAAUGGAGCCCAGAGACAAAUAGACAUUGGAGGAGGAGUAAUGGUCAACAUGGGACAGGAAGACUAUGAUAGUGAAUACUAUAAAUCUCAGGCCUUGAGGAAUGCCAAAGAAGCCUAUCAGAUUCAUCAAGAGAGGACAAGGAUGUUUGAUGAAGAAGCUAAAGACAGCCGCAGCGCCUCUCUACACGCAGCCGGCGGCUUGUCUUUAGGCAUCGGCUCUGGGUUUGGAGAAAGCUACAGCCUUUCAAACCCGUCCAUUCAAGCAGGAGACGACAUUCCUCAGCCUACAAUUUUCAACGGAAAGCUUAAAGGUUACCAACUCAAAGGCAUGAACUGGCUAGCCAACCUCUAUGAGCAGGGAAUUAAUGGAAUCUUGGCAGAUGAAAUGGGACUGGGGAAGACAGUUCAGAGUAUCGCCCUGUUGGCCCACCUAGCAGAGAGAGACAACAUCUGGGGUCCGUUCCUGAUCAUCUCCCCGGCGUCCACACUCAACAACUGGCAUCAGGAAUUCACCCGCUUUGUGCCCAAAUUCAAGGUGUUACCAUACUGGGGGAACCCUCAUGAUCGCAAAGUGAUCAGAAAGUUCUGGAGUCAGAAAACCCUUUACACACAAAAUGCACCAUUUCAUGUGGUGAUCACAAGCUACCAGUUAGUGGUCCAAGAUGUCAAGUACUUCCAGAGGGUCAAGUGGCAGUACAUGGUUCUAGAUGAGGCCCAGGCUCUGAAAAGCAGCUCCAGUGUUCGGUGGAAAAUCCUUCUGCAGUUUCAAUGUCGAAACAGACUAUUGUUAACUGGGACGCCUAUCCAGAACACUAUGGCUGAGCUGUGGGCGCUGCUGCACUUCAUCAUGCCGACGUUGUUUGAUUCCCAUGAAGAGUUUAACGAGUGGUUCUCCAAGGACAUCGAGAGCCACGCCGAAAACAAGUCUGCCAUCGAUGAGAACCAGCUUUCCAGAUUGCACAUGAUCUUAAAGCCUUUUAUGCUGCGCAGAAUCAAGAAGGAUGUGGAAAACGAGCUCUCAGACAAGAUUGAGAUCCUGACCUAUUGCCAGCUGACGUCCCGACAGAGGUUGCUCUACCAAGCUUUGAGGAACAAGAUCUCCAUCGAGGACCUGCUGCAGUCCUCCAUGGGCACAGCUCAGCAGGCCCACAGCACCACCUCCUCACUCAUGAAUCUGGUCAUGCAGUUCAGGAAGGUUUGCAACCACCCAGACCUGUUUGAGCGCCAGGAGACGCGCUCUCCUUUCCACAUGUCGCUUAAGCCGUACAUAAUGUCAAAGUUACUCUACCGUCAAGGCCUCAUCCAAGCACACAACCAGGCCAAGAACAAAUUAUUGCAAGUGCUGUUGUCUCCCUUCUCUCCACAUCACAUCCAGCAGUCUCUGUUUCACAGGAAAGGUGAUGACAAAGGAAGCUGCUUCUCUUUCUUGCGCUUUAUUGACGUGUCACCGGCUGAGAUGUCCAAGAUGAUGUUGCAAGGCACUUUAGCGAGAUGGUUAGCCCUUUUUCUGUCCCUGAAAGCUGCAUACAGGCUCCACCAUCAACGCCUGUUCAACCAUGAAGAAGAGGAAGAGACCGGGAUUGGAGUCAGAGCAAAGUUACAGCCCAUGAUUAAAUGUCUAUCUCAUAAGGACCUGAUUCUGUGGGUAAAUCGGCCUGUCACCUUCCCCAACACACAAACCAGCCCCACCCUGCAGGGUUUGGUGUUCACGGCCUUCAGGUCCGACAUUUCAGGACACACUGAUGUGAGGAUCCACAGUAGAAAUUCUGCCACCUCCACGCUCAGGCCCAGCCAGCCCACGCCACCACCCAAGUUCCUGCUCGCCGCCACACCCAAGGUGACGGCAGUUCCCAUGGAGCGUUAUUGUGACGACCGCAGUGCUGAAUACGAGUGGCGGGUGACGCGCACCGGAGGGGGCAUGAUCUUCAAACAGUGUUUUCUGUACGGCUCUCCCGAACUUGCCUCAGAUUGGCGUGCGAGGGCUAAUGCCUUCCACCCAGAGAGCCCUGGGGGUCUGAUGGCCCUUUACCCUCGCCAUGGAUGGUCCUUUAUACGGAUUCCUGAUAAGGAAAGCCUGAUCACAGAAAGUGGCAAGCUCCACACCUUGGACAUCUUGUUGAGUCGGCUAAAGGCCCAGGGACACCGAGUCCUCAUCUACUCCCAAAUGACACGCAUGAUAGACCUGCUUGAGGAGUACAUGGUUUAUCGUAAACACACCUACAUUCGCCUCGAUGGGUCCUCCAAGAUUUCUGAACGCAGAGACAUGGUGGCCGACUUCCAGAGCCGAACGGACAUCUUUGUGUUUCUGCUCAGCACAAGAGCUGGAGGCCUUGGUAUUAAUCUGACUGCUGCUGACACUGUUAUUUUCUACGACAGUGACUGGAACCCCACAGUGGACCAACAAGCCAUGGACAGAGCCCACAGGCUAGGUCAGACCAAACAGGUCACCGUCUAUCGCCUCAUCUGUCAGGGCACGAUUGAGGAAAGAAUCCUGCAGCGCGCCAAGGAGAAGAGCGAGAUCCAAAGGGUAGUAAUCUCUGGAGGCAACUUUAAACCAGACACACUCAAACCUAAAGAGGUUGUCAGCUUGCUUCUGGAUGAUGACGAGCUGGAGAAGAAAUUGCGUCAAAGACAGGAGGAGAAGAGGCAACAGGAGGAAAGCAGCAGGGUGAAGGAGCGCAAGAGGAAGAGGGAAAAGUAUGCAGAGAAGAAGAAGAACGAGGAGUCAGAGAACAAGCGGAAAAGGGACGUGAACCUGGUCAUCUCUCAUGCACCUUCAGCUGACAACUCCAACCUGUCUGCAGAUGGAGAUGACUCCUUCAUCAGCAUUGAAAUGGACUCGGCCAUGCCCAGUCCUUUUAGUGAGAUCUCCCUGAGCAGCGAGCUGCAGCCUGGGUCGUUACCCCCGGAUGCUGAUGCAGAUGAGAGCAGUAGUGACAUGCUAGUCAUUGUGGACGAUCCAGUUUCUUCUGCUCCUCAGUCUCGGGCCACCAACUCUCCCGCCUCUGUGUCAGGAUCGGUUUCUGACAACAUGAAUGGUAUUUCGGGCUCUGACACAAUCAGCCCUGGUAGAGGCAGGUCUGGGCGGAGCCGCGGACGACCUAAAGGAUCCGGAGGCGGAUCUAAGUCUGGAGGGAAGGGACGUGGGCGCAAGUCAACGGCGGGGAGCGCAGCAGCUAUGGCCGGGGCGAUGGCGGGAGCAGCAGCAGCUUCAGCUGCAGCUUAUGCCGCUUACGGCUACAGUGUUUCAAAAGCUGGCCUUUCUGCAUCCAGCCCCCUGCAGCCCUCCCUGGCCCUGUCAGGUACCAGCCCUGCCUUCAACCCCAGCAGAAGUUCCUCCCCUCAGGCCAAAGGAGGCACCGCCACCCCAAGCCCGCACAAACAGCUGACCCACAGCCAUCACCACAGCAGCCAUGGUGCAGUCAGGAAGGGCAAGGGCCCUGCCGGCCCCGGAGCUCGAUGAUGUACUUGUGGAAACUACAUGAUUAUGCUUUCACACACAGCUGUCUCAAUGUGGAAUACACAUACAUAAAACUGACCUGCUCUUCACUGUGACCCCCCACAGAUGCCCUCUUCUCAAACUAACAGAGAACAGUAUUUACAGUCUCUACCAGCCUAUCCAUUUAUUGUUCCACUUUUAUUUUAAUAUGUCAAAGUCAGUCUUGAUUAUAUAUGUUUGCAUUAUGACAUAGCAGUGGCAUGGACACAGAUUUGAAGCAGCGUGCACCUUUAAAGGGCUUUUUCAAACUUUUUUGUGAAGCUAGCGAAUUUCUGUCAGAUGCACUGAGCCUUGUCUUCCGUUUUUGGCGUAAUUGAGUCUUAUAGAUGUACACUAGGUUAUUUAAUUGUUCUGUAGAUAUAAUCAGUUAAAAACUUACAAAACGUGAACUCCCACCUUCCUCACCCACACUUCACCAAACAAUACCUUUACAGCUUUUGUACUAUAGCUAUUUUUGUAAUUGAAGAUUUAAAUACACAAACCAACAUGGCAAGUUUUGAAAGAUAUUCUUCCAUAAAAUUAUAUUCCAGUAAAAAUAAAAAGGAGGAGUCGGAUGGAUUUUUUUUCCAACAGAAAAAUGAUCUAAAAAUAAUAUGCCAAAUGGAGCACUAGGUACUGGUCGACACAUCAGUGAACGAUUAAAAUGAAUGAUUAACUCAGAUUAUUUGCUUGUCUUCUAAUUAUAAGUUAUUUGAGUUGUGUUAAGAAUGGCAGUCUGUUAUUAUUAUGACAAUGUUCGGCUGUAAAACUGUAAAUUGUGAAUUUUGAAGCUGUUUUAGUUUUUUGUGAUGAGACUUCAGUGGUUCUCUUUGAUGUCGUUGGUGUUUUAGAUUAAAAACAAAGGUUUGCAUCGGUGUCCUGAGUUGAGCACUACAUCUGUUUGUUUUUGUGUUUAUAGUGUGAUUAAAGUAUGAAAUUCUAUCCUGAUGUACAUAAUGACGAAAGCCUUGCUUCCUCUGGCUUUUUCCCUAACUUGCCUGUUUAUUUUUAUAGUUCGUGUGUACAUAUGAAGAAAAUACGUCUGUCAUUUUACUAACAGGAGGAAUUGAUUGAAAAUAAAAAAGCUUAAUUGGAGAAA